CGGUGUGACGCCGCGCAGCCGCCCCGCCCGGCCGCCGCGCCGCGCAACAUGUCCGCGCACCCCGUACAUACUCCACUUACUUAUUUCAUCAACGACGAACAAUUAAAACGCCAUGAAAACCUACUUUCUGGACACAAGACAGAUUCACUAAACUGCGAUGAAUUUUGCUCCGUUCACUGGCCACAUACCGACGGCGGCGGCGAUUCCCACGAUCCACCAGUUCGCCGCAAAGUUCGGAUAUGAAAACAGUGGCAGCAGCUCGGGCGGGGUGCUGCAGGAGACGCGGUACCAGGCCACGGGCACUGGUGGCGGGGCCGUGCAGUUCGCAGUGGCGCCAGGCACCGGGACCGUGGCGGUGGAUGGGGUCAAGUUCCGGCAGGCGGAGAGCGUGGUGGUGGUCAGCAGCGCGCAGCCCGGCGCGGUGGCGCUGGCCGGGCUCGCGCCCAUACACACAGUGAACACGGGCGUGAAAUACCAAACGAUAUCGGCUUCCUCGUCGGUGAACUUGGGCAACAUCGCGUAUGGAGGGCAGGCCAGCUACGUGCAGGCGGAGACGGUGCACCAGCAGCUGAAGGCGGAGCAGCGGCCGGAGAAGCGGGAGUACCGGGAGGAGCUGCACCACGACAUUAUGGCCACCAUGAUGCAACAACACCAAGGAAUCAAUGUGGCGCAGGCAACUCCCCUGCAGCAGGGCACGCAGCAGCUGCUGGUGGUGCUGCACGAGCCGAAGGAGGCGGCAGCGCUGGCUCGCGCCAUCAAGCAGGAAGGCAGGAAUGACCGCGCCGCCGCCACCGCCCCCACCGAGUUCAUCAUAUCCUGUGCGUCAGGCAUCGGAGACGUCACAGACAGUUCCACCUGGCAGACGCUGGGCGGGGGAGUGGCGGACUACCUCUCCGCCCUCCCGCUGCCCCUGCACCACCUCCUCAAGUACUCCACUCCAGCCAACGUGGUGGAAAGCAAGAGAGAGGAACAGCCAACUAUAGUGACCACUGUCAAUGCUAACGCGUUGAAUGCUAUGCCUACUAUAACUGCGAUGCCAGCGAACGCGGUGAACAGCGUCGUGGUUCAAACUUCAACAAUAGUGAACCAGACCGUCAACCAAAAUACCAACACCGUGGUUGUCUCGAAAAAGAAGAAGAAAAAGAAAUCCAUGAAGGAGAAGAAACCGCGGCCGAAGCCCGGAGAGAUACGACUCACUACUGCUUUAGAUGGCAGCACCCUAUACUGCUGUCCGGAGUGCCACAUGGCGUACCCGGAGCGAGACUUACUGGAACAGCAUCUGGUGGGACAUACCAUGGAGAGGAGGUUUAUCUGCGACAUUUGCAACGCGGCGUUGAAGCGCAAGGACCACCUGACGCGACACAAGCAGUCGCACAACCCGGACCGGCCGCACGUCUGCUCCGUCUGCCUGAAGGCCUUCAAGAGGAAGGAACAGCUCACGCUGCACUUCGUCAUACACUCCGGCGAGAAGAGGCACGUCUGUAAUGAAUGCGGGAAAGGUUUCUACCGCAAGGACCACUUACGCAAGCACACACGGUCCCACAUAGCUCGGCGCGUGAAGGCGGAGCUCUCCCAGCAAGGAUCCUCGUCCCCCCCUCUCUCCCACGCUGUGCCCGCGCCCGCCCCGGAUCCUUCCUGACCGACUGACGACAAGAACACCGCAGAUCUCCUCUCACUCAUCGCCUCAACCAAAGACGGAUACUAACCCCAGAAACACUGUUAUAUGUAGAGUUGGUAGGUGACUUCAUUCUUUAUAUUGGCUACCGAUUUUUUUGCUCAACAUAUCGACGGUUAAAAGGAAAUAGGGUAUAUUAAACUCGUCGGUCGUCGAAAGAAUACUAGGAAAAUGUGUUUUUUUGCUAGGGUAUAAACGCCAAAAAUGUCAUCGUAGAGCCAUGAGAGUAAGCGCAUUAGAAAGAGCGGAAAAGGAGAUGGCUAAAUGACUGACCCAGGCAUAAUAACAAGAAUACGAAUUUCACGCUAACCCGUAUCAUUUAAAUAUUCACUUAUGCAUUAUUUUGUGUUUAACUAAUUCUUAUAACUUGGUGAACAAAAAUUAACAAAAAAUAAGUUUCAUAAUUGAUUUUUUUCUGUUGUGGUUUGACAUGACAACACGGAAGUACUGCAAGCUAUUAUUAGGACAUUAGUUUCCCCGAAAAUCAAAUCGAAAUAAUUAAACGAACAUCAAUUUUUAAUAACGGUAAUAUAAUGACUUUUUUCUGAAACCAAAUAAUUGUAAAUGUUUUGAUCGACACAAAAUAUAUAUUUUGUAUAAGAUUGCACAAUCUUACUAUAUAUUUUGUGUCUGUCCUUGGUUACUUUGUGUUCAUUAUCUAGUAUAAGCAGAAUUGUUUACCUAUCUACCUCAUAUAUAAAUAACUUUCGGCUCAGUUACAUCAAAACGCCUUGGUAAAAGUUCACAGCAAUGUUAUAUUUUGAAGUUUUUGUAACGUUGUUUGACGUAGGAGCGCUACUUUAUUUUCAGGAUUGCGCAGAUAUGCCAAGUUUCUGGACCUUCUUAACUACAAAAUAUCAAUCUUUAAUUAUGCGGCUUUAUUUAUUGCUAGGUACCAUAUUUAUUUGUACGGGUUACGACGUCCAUACUUUGGUUUAGCCAUGUCCUUUUACGUAGGAUAGCAUAAUAAACUAAUUUUUGACCAAAAUGUCGCUUAUACCCUAUUUCCUUUUAACCGUCGAUAUAUAUCACUAAUUGAAUAUCUAAUGGUUUGGUACCAGCUAAUUAUUUAUUGGACAAACAGACCUCUCGAUACUGGAGAGGAAAAAACAGUAGCCUUCAUUAAAAUCGAUGUUUAUAAUUGUAUGCUCAAUAGAUGGCGCCAGUGUAGUUUAAAGUGCUGUUAGUUCAUUGUUCAGUUGUAGUCCAUUUUUUGAAUUGUAGCAGUCAAAAGAUUUACUUAUAAUAGUUUGAAUUCAGUCAGUAAAGUUAUUUGUUAUGUACCUACGUAAGAAAAUAUAGAUCUGCUGCUGUUUAUGUACAGGCAAAGAAAACUAACUGUCGUACAAAGAGUUAUUAAUGGUUACUUAACCCAACCCUUAGCAAUCGUUUUCGGUACAAAAUCGUUAUUAAGGUAUAGUUUAAGUUAUCAUUAAAUGUCUCUGAGCAUGGCAGUAAGAGUCAACUCACCUUCACCUAACACUAUACAUAUUAUGUAUUGUAUAGGUAUGUAUUUAGAACGAUUUAUUUAACUAAAUAAGACGUGCAACAACAAUUUUACGUAGCUACCUAAUUAGUCCAGUCAUUUGGUAGUUUUCCAGGUAACCCCCUUUUUAUCUACCAAAUGACUGGACUAAAUAGCAAAAUAUAAUGCCAACGCCAAGUGACUUAUUCAAACUAUUCAUAGAUAUUACAAAUAAGCAUAAAUAUUAAUUUUAAAGCAAUAUCGCAUAGAACAUCAGAUAUUUUGUGUAGAACAUUUUUCAAUGUUUGUAAUUGCGUAUUUUGUAGAUCUACAUUUCAGUGAGAGUAGUUAAAGCGAGUAUAUGUAAGGCCAGGGUGUAUAUGCAAUGUCGUACUUAAGUAUGUGAUAUAUCGUGCGAUGGGAGUUACCAGUAGUGCAAUAUAGUCAGUAAUGUACAUAAAAUAUUAGUAGACGUUCCAAACACGAUUUGACAAGAUUUUUGUCAGAAAAAUAUAGCUAAUAUAGCGAAAAUUUAGUAAACAGACAGCUAGUGAACUGUGAGUGUACUAUAACAUUCAUAUUUUGCUGUUUAUAAUGUAAAUAAGCAGUAACUUUUAAUCCCAAAGAUUGAAAUUAACUCGUUCGCGGUCUCUCGACCAAUCGGGCGAGAACGCGAUCGCGAUUAUGAAGUAGAUCUGUUUAUUAGCAAAUACAACAGUUUUGUUGAGAUGAUGUGGUAAUUUAGUUGGUUAUCAAAACAUUAGCAAGCGAUGGAAUGUCUACAAGAUUGUAUAGAAUUAAUGAAUAAUAUUAUAUUAGUUAGCUAGUGGUCUUACUAAUAUUAUAAUUGCGAAAUUAUGUGUGUAUGUUUGUUAGUCAAUCACGUCAAAACGGCUGAAGGAAUUGGGAUAAAAUUUGGAACAGGAGCUGAUAUUACAAACACAUAGGCUAUAUGUAAAUAAAGUGAAUGAAGCCAUUGACAGAAGCUAUUUAAUAUAUGUAUUUAAUUACUUUUAUUUUAGUUCCUUUGUUAAAUUGUUACUAAUUUUGUUUAAAUAACGUUAUGGCCGGUACGGCAAGUGAUGUCUAAAGAUUAAAAUACAAAACACAGGAAUAUGUAAUGAGGAAAUAAGCAAUAAUAGUAAUUAUUGUAAAUACUUAUAAAAUAAACACUGCCACGAUGAUGGUAGCAAGAAACACAUUAUUAUGUUUUAUGGUUACAUUUUGUUACUAAAUUACUUAUAUUUUAAAAUAUUCCCUCUGUAAGAUUUGGCUAUUUGUAAAUAUGCGUCGAAUAUUAUUAUUAUAUUUUCCUGUGAUAUAAGUUCGAUAUGAAAAUUGUGUUAUAUAUAAAUUAAUGUUGUUCGCGUACCUUUGAGGUUUGUUUUCUAUUUAAUUGUUGUUAGUUUUAUGUCCGUUCGACGUUUGGUUUACUUGUGAUCCUAUAUAUUUAAUGUAAGUAAAUGUUUAUGCAACAUAGCUGUUAUAUACAAUAGAAUGUUUGUUCAUAAAUUGUAAAUUAGGAAUAGAUUAGUGCCUACGGGUAGCAGUUCACAUAUUAACGUACAAAACAUAUUUUUAUAGGAAAAAUUAAAAUUCAGUUUUAGAUCUUUUUGAGUCAAUACUCACGUGCAACUUUUGAAAAGGUUUAAAAGUACAAAAAGCGUAAUGUUUUAUGUAAUGAUUAUAUGUGAAGAGUUUUAUGUUCCUGUAUUGUACACUUGGGUACAGAUCAAGUUAUGUAAAACCAGUAUAAACUGACCGUUGAAUGUGUGGAAAAGUCAUACUAUACGAGACUAUAAUAAAUUGGUUUUGUAUAGCUGUACCAUUAGUAUGAAUGCUUUACCUUUAAAGUUUUACGUCUGUAGUAAUCAAGCCCGUUCGGCGCUCUGAUUGGUUGGUUUAUUCGAGCUGGCCAAUCAGCGCGCUGAACGCGCUCUCGUUUCGAUUUCUAUAGACCUAAACUAAACUCAUACUAAGGGUACUGUUUGUGUCACCGUGUAUGCAGAUUGUACUAAAGCCACACGCGCCUUAACAUCACAUAAGCAAUGAGAAUAGUAGAAUAAGAUUGUUUUUAUUUUACAGAUUACUAUACCAUUUGUACCAAGAUAGAGACGGAUAGAUCUUUGGGUCUGUAACUUAUGGUAUGACUAUUAGCGUUUGUCCAACGAAAGAGAUGUGAUAAAACCAUGAAGUAAAUACAAAGGGAUGUCAUAACUGAAUUUUCCUUUAGAUAACAUAAUGCAUGACACUUUACAGCGCAGGUCGUUACAAACCAAGCCUUUGUCUGUUUUCCAUUAAAUAACCCCAUACUACAACGCAACGUUGCCAAUUGUCCACAUUAUUUUAUAUGAGCCACUUUCUGAGCGCUUAUAACCUAUCUACACCUUUUUACUUUGGGCAGGGCCGCGUUUUAUUAUCACAGUACACAAUAAAAUUAUGGCAUCUCUUUGUACUUGCUUCAUGAAUAAAGUAAUGAAGCUUAGAAUUUUGUGAACGAUAUUUGACAAUUAUAAGUUUAAAAUCGUCAAUCUGCCUUAAACAAACGUUCUCUAUGUGAAAAGUUAUAGUCCAGCAGUGGGACAUUUACAGGCUAUUUGGUAUGUUAAAUGCACCAUUUCCGACUCUCUUGUUGGGCCAACGUUAAAUGAUAAAGCAACUUAGCCCCCUAAACUAUUUUUGACAAGUAAUGAUAAAUAGUACCUACGAUAAUAUAUCCAGCUUCCCCAUUACCGAACUUGUGCUUUCAUAUUUUAACUUAAAUAAAAACAUUUUAAUUGA